UUUCAAGUAUCAAGGAAUCUGGUAUUAGUAAAUUAUUAAUGAUAGAGAUGUGCUAACCAAAAGGGACAUUAAGCUCUCAAACGAUACGCGAUCGCAUAUAUCGUUAGAAAACACACAGGGGUAUCAAAUUGCGCGUUCCAUUUAAAAUCAAAGAAGCGUUCAGACAACAUUUGUUUUACUAUUCCACUCUGUACAAACAUUACGUUGUUCAUACUAGUAUGUCGAUACGGGUUGCCAUAUAAAAGUAUUGGUAUUGAUUGACAUUUGUAGUUUAAAGUACCUAAACACAACAUGUUGCUAUGUUUAUGUAUAGGGGAAAAGGGGGAGGAAAUAACCCUUCAACCGGUAAGAAUGUACAUUUAACGAUAUACAGAGAUAUGAGAGACUAUUUUAUUUUACAUUUAUAUUUAUGCUUGUUAUUUUUACAACAUAUUCUCCUGUAGACACAUCGCAUGAAACAUAUCAGUACAUAAAUACGUUGUAAUUUGAUAAGUAUUUGUUAAACUCUAUAAUUGCAUUCUGAAAUUUCGAAGAUUUUAUUAAUGAUACUGUCGUGAACACUAUACAAUGAACAGAAACAUCACGAAUUACUCUAUUAAAGGGAUCUUUUCACGCUUUGGUAAAUUGACAAAAUUGAAAAAAGUUGUUUCAGAUUCGCAAAUUUUCGUUUUAGUUAUGAUAUUUGUGAGGAAACAGUAAUACUGAACAUUUACCAUGGUCUAAUAUAGCCAUUAUAUGCAUCUUUUGACGAUUUUAAAACCUAAAAAUUAUAAAGCGUUGCAACGCGAAACGAUUGAGUAAUUUGGAGAGUUCUGUUUUUGUCGUUAAAUUUUUUGAAACAACGAAGAUUGCUUAUAUAAGGUAUAAAAUACUUCAAAUAUAUGUACUCGGCGGAAUAGCUCAGUAGGCUAAAGCGUUUUUACAUCAGGACUCUGGCAGGACUCCUGGGGUCACUGGUUCGAAACCUGGUCCGGGCAAUGUUCUUUUCCUUUUUUAAAUUUUAUUCUUGAUUUUUUACUGGAGCUUUUACGAUCCAAUGUUUACAUUUAUCGAUAUAAAGCAUUUAAUGAAUAACUUAAAAAAUGCCAAAAUCUGUGAAAAGGCCCCUUUAAAUCCCGAUAUAAAAUGGCAUCGCGUUCUUGGACAAUGGGGCUUAAAGCACUUGCGUUAAGUGUCGUCAAACAUGAACCUGUGCAGUUCGCACCGGUUGGCAUAUCAGUGACAAACCGUUUUGCUUUAAUUGAACUUUUCGUUUAUAGAAAGUCAGUCAAAAACGAAAAUAUAGUUUAGGCGGUCGUUUCCGACCCUGAUCAGCUUGAGCGGAUUGGACAUGCUUAUCUGGGACGAAACUUUACGCAGAUUCAUUAAGGCAUGUUUUGACAAAAACGAGACUUAAUUCAAUAGUUUUAUCCCCUCUUCAUGCGACAGAUGGGCGUGGGUCCCACAGCGACGACGCCCAAGAACCUCGUGCUGUAUAUCCACGGACUGAGCGCCCCCUCACGGGCCGUCUGGAUGGCGGCGAAGGCGGCGAACAUCCCCGUCACCAUCCGCUACCUGGACCUCUUUAAGGGGGAACACAAGACACCUGAAUUCGCAAAGAUUAACCCCGACACCACAGUACCUACAUUACAAGAUGGAGACUUUUCAUUAUGGGAAAGUCGGCCGAUAAUGACUUACUUGGUAUCCCGGUAUGGCAAGAACUCGCGACUCUACCCGAAAGAUCUGCAACAGCGGGCCGUGUGUGACCGUCUUUUACACUACGACCUUGGCUCCGUGUACAAGACCAUAAGCGAAUAUAUGUAUCCACAGCUGUUCCAGGCCAAGCCCCCGGACACGGACAGGGAAGCCGCCAUGAGAAAAGUGUUCGACUACAUGAACCGACAGCUUCAGGGACAGAAGUACAUGUGCGGUGACGACAUGACCAUAGUGGACAUUUCCAUGGCGACCAACCUGGCGCUCAUCGAGUUGCGCAACUACAAGCUGGACCAGUGGCCGCUACUGACCACGUGGUACCAGCGUAUGAAGAGCCUCCCGUACUGGGCCGAGUGUAACCAGGGACUCUACGAGUGGAAGUCGCCCAUGAUGGGGGAAUAGACGAGCUUUUUAGAUGCUACGUCAUUUACUUUUUACAUUUGAACCUCGUUCUGUGAAAACGGGGCUUAAUGCAUGUUAAUGAAGGAACAACACUUUCCGCCUAAACUGUACUUUUGUUUAGAUGAGACUGUCUUUUAAUUAAGAAAUCCACAAAAGCGUAAAGGAUCGUACAUAAUUAGCCUAUGCGAACUGCACAGUCUAAUCUGUGAAAAACUUUACCCACAUGCAUUAAACCCAGUUUUCUAAGAGCGAAGAGCCAGUGCAACUAUCCUGAGAGACUUUAAUAAGUCGUCUAAUCAUUUUUCAUUCUUUUAAAGUCCUGACAGGUCAAAGUGCAAUUAUAACUUUAUAGAUAAUGGCGUCUUCGUCAGUGAUUUAUUACUUCAAGUAACACUAUAAAAUGACUUUAAAAGUGUACGUGCUUGUUUCUUUCUAUGUACCGUAACCGCCGAAAUGUGUGAAGUUAGGCAAACAUGUGACAAUUUUUAUCAGGCUAUCAUAUGUGGCCAGAACUGUGUUUUUUUUUAUAGAACAUGUGGCCUUUUAUGUGUGGCAUUUAAUGGCGAAAUAAUAUGGAAAACAUUUCACCAGAAUGUUACUUUUCUGCCUGAUUCGACAAUUAUGCCACAACGUGAAGUCACAAUAAUGUAUAUGAAAAGUAGUUAGUGUUUGAUGUAUUUUAUUUUUUCCAUAAACCUUGGUAACUUGGAUCUUUAAAAUUUAAAUUAGAUGUGCCUGAUGUUUUGUCAGAAAAUGUUGAGUAAUGCUACAUGUACUAAGCAGCCAGCUGAAAAACUGUAGACGUAAAUGUGUGAUUUACAUUAAAAUAAUUGAAAGCUGUAUGCUUUUCGAUAAGGGAAGAGGACAAUUACAACGAGCGAGGCAUGGUAUAGGGGAGAUAACCCUGGGUUAUGGUUAGGUUAGGGUUAGGGAUCGGGUAAGGGUUAAGAUAUGGUUUAAACCCGACCCCUAUCCCUAACCCUUACCCUCUAACCCCCCCCAUGCGCAUUACAAUACCAUGCCUCGCUCGUUGUCGUUGUCCACUUCCCUUUCGAUUAUUGCAUGCUCAAUUAUGUACCGGUAUAUAUAAUUGUAUGUAGUUGUGCAUCGUUCACAAUUAUAUUGCUUGGAUUAAA